AGUGUCUGAGACAGCGCGCUCCAUCUUGGUUCGUUGCAUUGUUGCUCGCGCGACGUGUUGACAGUUGCGGUGGCGUCUCGUGGCUUGUGUCCGUGUCCUGGCUGGUACACCACGGCGGCGGAGACACUGUCAAGCGACGCUGAGGCCAUGGCGUGCUGAGGACUGCUCAGGGGCGACUCAAGAUGGCGCGGCGCUGGGCGGCCGCGCUGGCGGCGUGUUCGCUGCUGAUUGGCUGUGCCGAGAGCCACGUGGCGCUCACCUACCCCCCGGCCAGGAAGUACGACCUGGACUUCUUGGACAACUCGCGCACCAGGGCGCCCUGCGGCAUGCCCAAAGGCGCGGUGAGGACGUCUCUGCUGGCCGGCUCUGCCUUCAACGUCACGUGGCACCUCGCCUACCCGCACCGGGGAGGCUACCGGCUGCAGCUCCUGGACAGUCUGCACAGACCGGUGCUGGACCUCACGCCCGUCACCUCGCAGUCAGAGUUCAUCAGGACUGACGUCACGGCGCAGUCGCACCGGGUGCAGCUGCCGCCGGACUUCCAGUGCGACGACUGCACCAUCAGGCUGCUGCGCCAGGCGGAGGAGUGGUCCUCCGGCUACCGCUUCUGGUCCUGCGCCGACGUGGACAUCCUGCCGCGGGCGCGCUUCAAGGAGACCUGCAGUGGCCACGGCCGCUACCUGCUGGCCAAGUGUCGCUGCGACCGGCUGUACCACGGCCCGCGCUGCCAGUACCGCGACGAGUGCCUGGACGACAACGACUGCGGAGACCACGGCCAGUGCGUGGACGUACGGGCCACCUCCGCGCCCCGGAGGCAGUGCUACUGCGAGAUGGGCUGGUUCGGCCCCAAGUGCGCCCGGCGCUCCGCUGUGAAGAGCUCCAGCCUGGACCUGUCUCUGUACACGCGGAAGGACCUCAGCGCGACCUUCAGGCUGUACUGGAGGAUCCUGAAGGAGCUGGGAGAGCUGGAGGUGGUGAUGAUGGUGAACGGCACCAGCUACGCCGGCCUGGGCUGGCGGCCGCGCUCCAUCACUGCCGAGUGCCGCGCCUUCCCGCCUCUCCGGGACCUGCUCCCUGCGCCGGGACAAGCUAACAGCUCGGAGCCUAGCAGUGAACCAGAACCGAAGAGUGAACCGGAACCAAAGAGUGAACCGGAACCAAAGAGUGAACCGGAGCCGAAUAGUGAACCAGAGCCCACGAGUGAACCAGAGCCAAAGAGUGAACCAGAGCCACAGAGUGAACCAGAGCCAAAGAGUGAACCAGAGCCCACGAGUGAACCAGAGCCGAGCAGCGGUGCCCCAACGCAGAAGCCCAGGACCAGCAAAGUGUUCUCGAGAGAAACGCGGCCGGGAGACGUCCAAGACGUGAAGACCAGCGUCUCCAUCCGCGUGUCAACCUCCAAGCAAGCUCGAGCGAGAAGGGAUGCGUUAGCUGCGGAACAAAAGGUCUCAGGAGCGUUCACUUCGGAACCUCAGACGGAGCCUGAAACUCCCACUUCGCCCAUACCUCAGUCCACACCCAGCUCUGGGUCGGGAUCCACUUUCAAGCCUAGGUUCAAACCCAGGUUCAAACCCAGCCCCAAACCUGAACCCGAGCCCACUUCCGAGCCUGAACCCAGCUCUGAGCCUGAACCCAGCUCUGAGCCUGAACCCAGCUCUGAGCCUGAACCCAGCUCUGAGCCUGAACCCAGCUCUGAGCCUGAACCCAGUACCAAGUCACAGCCCAGUCCUGAACCAGAGCCCACAUCAGAACCCAAACCAACCUCUAAAUCUGCACCUAGAGCCAAACCUCUUCUCAGUCCUGCUCCUGAACCUAGCUCGAAACCUGAACCCAGUUCUGAACCUGAACCCAGUUCUGAACCCGAGCCCACUUCCGAGCCUGAACCCAGCUCUGAGCCUGAACCCAGCUCAGAGCCUGAACCCAGUUCUGAACCUGAACCCAGCUCAGAGCCUGAACCCAGCUCAGAGCCUAAACUGAUAUCCAAACAACAAAGCUUGAAAGUUUUAGGCAAACCAUCAGGACAGAAUUCACAGGGUUCGUACACUCCGCGCCACGACUUCAACCCCAUGGACUGUACGGACAUCGUAAUUGGCUCGGCUCGGGGCACGGCGAGCCGUGUGUUGGACUACUACACCAGAGACAGGUCCACACCACGAGUGGACACCUUCUGGGGCGGCAAGAGCGACCUUACCUCCGCGUCUGGGUUCGAGAAGGAUGGUGUCACCACCAUUGUCUUCCGGAAGAAGCUCCAAGCCUCGGAGCCGACGGACCACUCGAUCGAGCGCGGCGGGAUGCACGUGAUCUGGGCCCAGGGACAGGAGCCGGGGGGCUACCUGCACAGCCCUCAGUCCGGCCUGGAGCGCGACUCCGCCUCCGUCGCAGAUUUCUACCGCCCCGACGAGCUCAAGUACCACGGCCACGGAGCGCACAGGGGACACACCACCCUCGACUUCUACGACGAGGAGGAGCACAUGGCGUCCACGUCCGUGGUGUACGAUGCGGCUCGCUGCGGCGGCCACUGGCGAGCCCCGUCCGGCUGCGAUCCGGCCAACGGCAGCUGCGAGUACUUCGUGAGCUGGGAGCACCUGUCCAAGAAGGACGAGCUGCUGUUCACCGUGCAGACCACCAACACCGCCACUUGGACAGGCAUAGCCUUCUCCAACAACACGCAGAUGCCGCAGAGCGACGCCAUCCUGGGCUGGGUGGACAAGAGCGGCCGGCCCUUCCUCAUGGACACGUGGAUGGGCGGCUACACGGCGCCGCAGCUAGACGACUCCCAGGAGGCAGAGCUGAAGUCGGGCCGAGUCAAGGACGGAGUCACCACGCUCACCUUCACCCGCAAGAGGCUCUCCUCUGAUCCCAAGGACAUCUCGCUGGCGGAGGACAACUGCGUGUACUUCAUGUUCCCGGUGAAGGGGGGCUCCUUCCACGCCGUCAACAAGAAGAUAGGCAAGCACCAGGAGACGCCGCGCCUGUCUGCGGAGAGGGUGUGCGUGAAGCCCUGCUUCGAAGACGAGAACGCCGUGGCGCCCAGCACCACGCCCGCCCCGCCGCGGCUCGCCUACAGCGUGGAGGUGAUGCUCACGAACCUCGGAGAGAACUACCGGGUGCCGGAGCCCGGCACGCCCGAGUACGACAUGCUGGCGGAGAGCGUCACAGACGGCCUGGGAGGCGCCCUCAGGACGCUCCCUGCCUUCUACCAGCUGCGGCUCGACCAGCUGCAGGGGACUGGGACGAACGUGGUGGCGAAGAUGAAGCUGCUGCUGGACAAGGCACAGUUCGAGACGGGGCGCGCGCUCGGCUCGCAGCCUGAGACGGAGAACCCCGCGCGGAGGGCGCUGGAGGAGACGGUGGCCAGCGGGCGUGUGGGCGCGCUCACCGUCAACCCGGACUACCUGGUGUUCCAGCCGCAGGGCGUGACCACAAACCUGUCGGAGGAGGACACGGCGGACACGCGCGGCGACCUGCUGCUGUCCACCACCAAGCUGUACAUCGUGCUGGCCUGCAUCGCCGCGCUCGUGCUGGUGGCGGUGAUCCAGGCCGUGUGCACCAUCUACCGCACCGUCAGCAGUCCGGCGACGCACAGCAAGGACCACUUGAUACCCAGCUCAGCGUGGAAGGACUACUCGGCGGCCAACACCAACUAUGCCUUCGAGGCGUUCGAGUCGGAGGAGAAGCCGCCCGCCGCCGGCAACGGGCGCAGCAACGGGGCCGCUCGCGCCGCGCCAGACAACACGCACAAGCCCCUGUCGGCGCUGGCCCAGCUCACUGGGGACACGCGGUCCUUGCAGCGGGCUCCCGGGCCCCAGCGCCGGCCGGGCGGCGCGCCAGAGCGCACCACGUACUCCCUGCCGCGCACGGCGCCUCCCGCGGCCCACCAGCGCGGCUACCACACCCAGGACCGCAGUCGGGGGCCCCCGCGGCCCCACUCGGAGCUGCAGCCCGACUUCUACUUCAUGCCGUCCCAGCGCAAGUACUCGGGCGAGGUGGUGCGCGUGUACGUCGACUACAACAACAAGUAGUUGCUCGGUCCGGUUCCCAGUGUUGGACGGUCCUCCACCAGCGAACUAACUGUAUUCUUAGGAAUAACGAUGGCAUCGGAAAGUGUCCCUGCCUAUUCAACAACGAAUCUUUAUACGGGUGUGAAAUGCAGGUGUGAUAGCGGACGUCGGGACAGAGUAGAGACGUGGUCGAAUACACCACACGGCUUGCACGCGCCUGAGCCACGCCAAAGUAACCGAGACUUAUCGAGAAGACUAAUGUGUCAGUAUGAAGUUACGUAGUUAGAAAACUGUCGAAACAUAUCCAACGAAUAUUAUGAGGAAAUUUUCUAAAUGAUAUGUUUGAAAUGUGCUGUGCAUUUGUGGGUGUCAGCAUACAGGCAUUUAAUUUUUAAUCUUAUCUUUAAUAUUUUUGAUCUAAUAAGAACAUAUAUGUAAUAUACAGAGAAGAAACUAAUAUAAACUAAGUCUUUUAUAGGUUUGUUUGGUGAUGUAAUAUAUUGUACAGUUACAUACAGUAAAAAAAAAAAAUUUAUUUUCAUUUAACAGCUAUAUGAAUUUUAUAUAACAUUUAAAAAUGUGUAAAAAAUGAAAAAUAUUUUAUAUAGGUAAUGAUUAUUUUAUCUCUUUUUGGUGUGUUUUUUAUUUCAUUGCAAUCUAUGACAUAAAAUAUUUCAGAAAAUAAUAGUUUAAAUAAAACCAAAUAAAUACAAUAUAUAAAUUUUAAAAUUAAUAUUUAAAAUGAUGAUUUUUAAUGAAAAUGUAUAUGUAAUAUAAAAGUACACACAACAUAAUUUAUAACUGUAUGGUGCUCAAAAAACAUAAUAAAGUUUGUAAUACACAUCUGUAUUUCUAAUUUUUGUUAUUAUUUUACUAGGCCAUGUGUUGUAAAUAUACUGGCAGUAAAUUAUGAGCCUGUUGGUCUAAGAUGUACUGAGAGGCGAGUCCUUGCCCACAAAUUAAAUACAUAGGAUACACAGGUUCUGUUUCCUACGAAAGGCAUUUGUAUUAAGAAUAAAGUAAAAAGUUUUUGUUUCAAAAUAUCACAUGCCUCUGGAAGAGUGUUCUUGCAGUGGCGUCGGUCAGUAUUAUUCUCUGGGGAGGGAACAUUCUUGGAUAAAUUUUAUUGUUCUUCAAGUCAUAGACUCAACUAAAAUUUACUGUUAUUUAACUAUCAAUCCUUAUUACUGCUUAGAUUGUAAUGUCUGUGAUAUUUCAAAUUCAGUCUCAUAUUACUUUCUUAUCCUGUGAGCCGAAAAUUAGUAUUUUCUUGGCUCAGUUUUUCAAUUUUAAUUUAUUAAGAUAUUUUUGCCUUCCCAUAAGCUAGAGUACCCCAUCAAAAUGUAUUUUCUCAUCUAUACCACCCAGGGCUAUACAUAUUAAAACUUUACUAGUGAGUCUUAGAGAGUCUCAACGUCUCAACAGAGACAUGCAGACGCUUACACGCAGCGUAGGCUAGCCGAGUCAAUUUUAUCUCGCCGGCAUGCAGGAACAGACAUGAUAACUCUCCCUGCCUGACGUGCCUUCCGCCUUGUUUCUCACGCAGGGGUACCUGCCUCGUCAGGCGAGCCUAGCUCGCUUUCCCAGGCUCGAGGCCUGGCGAGCAAAGCGGAUGUGCUGGUCUCGGCAUAAAACAAGCACUUCCCCGCCACCCCUGGCCCUCUUAGGUUUUCUGCUAUGCUUCCAGGAACCAUGACAGAGGCAAGGACCAUGCCCCUUCCCUCGUCAACCCCUCCUCUCCUUUAGGAACAAGUCACGCCUACGCUUGUGCUCCACGCACGAGGCUUGUGCCUGAUCUCUCGAGCUCAACCGAAACUAAGCAUGCUAAUGUCAGUUUCUCCCGCCAGGGAGCACCACCUCCCAAUCCCCCUUUGCCUUAGACGGCAUACAGCAACACCACCGCUCGGUGCGCUAUCUCAUGGUGCCCGUGCCAACUAAAAAUGGCGCAGCCAUAGAGAGUUUUAGAUUUUUUUUCUUGCGGCACAAGCCCUGACCAAUCCCAAGGCACUUUUCCUCCCAUGGCCUACAUAGCUCCGCCCACUCUGUUUCUCUCUUCCCCCCUCCCCCUUUUCCGUUUUGAGCCCAUGCAGGAACUAAGGGACGCUCUCAAGUAGAGAGAGUCGUCAAUCAACUGUGGUACAGGGAGCAUCCUACAUCUGCCGCGCUACUUCUGCCGCGACCGCGUCUCUCCUGAGAAGUCGGACAUCAAAGAUUAUAGGAUGUAGUCGCGACGACCAGGGGAAAACCCCCUUACAAUUUUAAAGUUUAGAUUUACUUCAUAUUAGUGUUAGUGUUUUUCUGGUGAAUUAAGUGCGUGCAACCGCGCUAGUGGACGUCUACCAUCACAUGGAUAGAUAGUAACACCGACCUACCCCACAUAGAGAUUUUAGUGCCCUUUUGAUUUCCUGUUUUCUUGAGCCCUUUGUGGCCGAGAACUUUCCCGCUGGCCAUAACCACUUAAUAACACUGUACAAACUUUUGUUUUCACAGUGGGGUUUUCCAUCCCCAGUGAUGGGUAGACAACCACAUCUACCCCCACUGAGUUCCUGAUUUCGGCCAUCUAAAUUCCACGCAUCAUGCUGUCAACUUUAGUCCGCUAUAAUCCCCAUCACGCCGUUCGGCUGUCAGCACUUCGCAUGCAGCUAAGUCUAUGUUUGGAAGACACAAUGUAAGAAAACUUAAAGUUUUAAAUUGUCUACGAACAAUUUGCGAACUAUUCAACUACCAUUUAAAGAAAAAGGUAUAAAAUAUAGUAAUGAAAAGUACUGGUCAAUCCAAAAUAAUGGAAAGUUGUUUAUUUUUGAUUUUAUUACUAUGAAACCUUGUUUGUGCAACUUGCUUUAAAAUAAAUGUAAUCUGUAAAGUAAUUAUCAAAGUAUCCGCGGCUGGCCUGCCUGUAGUAAAAUUCAAUUCUAUUAUAAUUUAAUGUACUAAUUUUUGAGUUUACUGAACCUGUGAAUUUUCAUAAAAAUAUUUAUUGUCAUUAGUUUGUAAGUCAUUAAAGUGGCGACCAAAAGUAUUAACUUCCGCACUUUGAUAAAUCUGGCUUGUCCAAAAUAAAAUAAGUUAACUAUUAAAAUAAUCUAGAAGUAACCA